AUGAAAAAUGCGAAUAGAAAGCUGUCAGCACGCGAAAAAGAGAAGCUAGGCCGGUCAACCUGGCACCUUCUGCACACCAUUGCCAAACACUACCCCACCAACCCCACGCUUCAAGAAAAGAAGGCCGUCUACGACCUGGUAAACUCGCUUUCAGUGCUGUAUCCCUGUCCGCCCUGCGCCUCUGGGAUGGAGCUAUUCAGCAAAAGCAAUCUGCUCAACACAAACAGCAAAUUGUCUCUUUCUCUUUCAUUCUGCGAGUUUCACAACUGGAUCAAUGCCAAACUGCAGAAGCCUUUGGUCAGCUGUUCUGAUUUCAUAAACGAUCAUGCAAACAGAAAACAAAAUGGCUUUGUCUGUCUGAGCCGAUUUAAAACGCACGUUGAAUCUUUUAUACAGAAAAUAAAAAAUAUUAUAUAA